UAGGGAGCGUUGUUUUACCUGCCACUGCCGGUAACUUUAUCCUUUCCACUAUAUGACAGUUACCUUUUUCUCCGGUUUUCAUCAUCCUCUUACGAAUACUUUUCGAGAUCUAUAAAAGCUGACCCAGAUUUCCGUUCCCUCUUCUCGAAACAGUUAACUCAUUGUUUCUCUCUCAAACUGAUCUAGUACGCUUUAGAUCUCUCCCGUAAUUAAUUCUAUUAACUCUAGGAAGCAUUGAAGUCUUACAAUGGCGGAUAAUGGGGAAGGAAAGGAAAACAUCCCGCGUGGUAAUGAAUGGGAAGUUGUGUCCCUUACCUCAUCUGCAUAUGCUGCCGCUCCUGGUCCAAAAGAAGUUGAAACAAAGGAUGAUAGUAAAGGUGAUUCAUAUGAAGUGGAAGAAGCAGAAACUUCUCGUGCUUUAUUCAUGUCCAGUCACUUUGUCUUUCCCCCCAGUGAGCAUGAAAAUUUGCCACUGGAACCCGAUAGUACUAGCGAACAUGCUGGCAAGGAUGUGAUCUCUGAAUCCGGUGUUGUAGAAGAAGGUGAUAGAUCUAGGACAAAAGAAGAAGAAGAUUGGUCUUUGAAAGGGUUGAAUGUACAUGACGAAUUUCCAGGUAUGGAAUUUUUUGAUGAGAAACAUGGUCCAGAGUUUGAAGAAGGAACAACACUUCAAGGACUGGGUUUGAUCAACAAGGACCAGAUUUUGUAUAGUGCUGCUACAUUUGGUUCUUUCCAUAGUGAGGAAGCACUCGGUGGAUCAACCACCACGGUUUCUGAGCUUAUUGAAGCUUCUGAGCAAGGUUUUGGUUUUCCUUCAGACAUGCCUGAGUCUGCAAAGCCUCUACAAGAUAAAUCUGAUGGCUCUGAUCUCCCUUGUGAAGCUUGGUGGAAGAGAAGAGCAAUUUCAUUGUAUGCUCAUGCAAAAGAGGUAAAUGCCUUUUGGUCUGUUUUUGUUGCAGCCGCUGUCUUGGGCCUUGUGAUUCUUGGGCAGCGUUGGCAACAAGAUAGGUUGCAAGCAUUGCAACAUAGUGGCAGCUCAGUCUCAAAUUUACUUUUGUGAAGGAAGAGGUUUUGA